AUUUAAAAUGAGAUUAUGAAAUUGCAGAGGCGGUGGAGGGAAGGAGACGGGAUCUAACAGGGCAUUUGGAGGGAGUGGGAAAGGUGGCUGGCCCGGUGGCUGAAAUUAAAAAAAAAAAAAAUCCAAUUGCGCACUGGAUUGUGAUGAGAAAUCUAAUCAGAUCUUUGGAGAAGGGGCCGGCCAAGGGGGUGAUGAGUAGGGGGAGUUGAUCCCCACAUUCUCUGAAGGGGGUGGGGGUGGGGGGAGCUGGAGAGAGGAAUCGACGAUGUAAAAGAAGACUUUUUUCCCCCGGCGGCGGUGGCGGUUGGGUGCCUUGCAAACAUGAAGGAUGCGGGACGCAGCCCUCUCUUGGAACAGAACGCGGUGGAUGGUGCGGGAGAGCAGGAAGAGCGAAGCCUUUCCCCCUGAGACCUGGAUCUUCACACACAUGUGUCUCUGUGCCCACUGGGAGCAUUGAAACAUGAAAUAGACCAAUGUCAGAGCCGCGGGAGUCGGUGUGCUCCGACAUAAAUAAAUAAUAAACCGCUGCUUCCCCCCGCCCCCCCAAAAAAAGGAUGAUUGGAAAUGGAGAACCGAGGAGCCACACAAAAAAAGUAUGUUCGUUUUUUUCUACAAAGGAGGAAGUAAGCCAAGGAUAUAUAUUUUUGGAAGGAAAAGUUUGGGGCUUUUUUUUAGGAAAGUAAAGACGUGAUAUGGUGGUGUUUUCGAGGAAAUUAAUAAUACAUCCGCAAAGAAAUUGUGGAGAAGAAAAAGUUGACCGCGGCAGAAUGAGGCAUUGAUUGGGGGAGCAGCACCCCGCAGAGCACAGUUGGAUGUGUGCCUGUGUUGACUAAAAUUGAUGGAUAAUUGCCAUUGGAUUUGUCAUCAACCUCCUUUUUUUUCCUUUUUUUUUUUCUUUUUUCUUUUUGGUGUCAAGAUUGUGCAUUUUCGCUUGUUCUUAGCCACCUGGAUUUCCAGCUGGAUGUUGCUGUGAUUCAGUCGGAAAUACAAUCAAGAAACUGAGGCUGAGAGAGAGGGGACUCACCCAGAGUCACUCAGCUUGUCAGUGACAGACAACAGUGGAACCUGUGAUUGUUUACGCAUGGAGACCACAAUGGAGAGCUAGUUUAGAAACAGCCUUCAUGUUCCCAGCUUGGCCCCAGAGAUGGCUGUCCUUGGGAUUCCCUUCUCUUACCAUUUGAGCUCCAGAAGGACCAACACCAGAUAAAUUAUGAAUGUUGAACAAGAUGACCUUACAUCCACAGCAGAUAAUGAUAGGUCCUAGGUUUAACAGGGCCUUAUUUGACCCCCUGCUUGUGGUGCUGCUGGCUCUUCAACUUCUCGUGGUGGCUGGUCUGGUGCGGGCUCAAACCUGCCCCUCCGUCUGCUCCUGCAGCAACCAGUUCAGCAAGGUGAUUUGUGUUCGGAAAAACCUACGCGAGGUUCCAGAUGGAAUUUCCACGAACACUCGACUGCUGAACCUCCAUGAGAACCAAAUCCAGAUCAUCAAAGUGAACAGCUUCAAGCACUUGAGGCACCUGGAAAUCCUACAGUUGAGUAGGAAUCACAUUAGAACCAUUGAAAUCGGGGCCUUCAAUGGUCUGGCGAACCUCAACACUCUGGAACUCUUUGACAAUCGUCUUACUACCAUCCCUAAUGGAGCUUUUGUAUAUUUGUCUAAACUGAAGGAGCUCUGGUUGCGAAACAACCCCAUCGAAAGCAUCCCUUCUUAUGCUUUUAACAGAAUCCCUUCUUUGCGCCGGCUAGACUUAGGCGAAUUGAAAAGGCUUUCAUACAUCUCAGAAGGUGCCUUUGAAGGUCUGUCCAACUUGAGGUAUUUGAACCUGGCCAUGUGUAACCUCCGGGAAAUCCCUAACCUCACACCGCUCAUAAAACUAGAUGAGCUAGACCUUUCUGGGAAUCAUUUGUCUGCUAUCAGGCCGGGCUCUUUCCAGGGGUUGAUGCACCUUCAAAAACUGUGGAUGAUACAGUCCCAGAUUCAAGUGAUUGAACGGAAUGCCUUUGAUAACCUUCAGUCACUGGUGGAAAUCAACCUGGCGCACAACAAUCUAACGUUACUGCCUCAUGACCUCUUCACACCCUUGCAUCAUCUAGAGCGGAUUCACUUACACCACAACCCUUGGAAUUGUAACUGUGACAUACUUUGGCUCAGCUGGUGGAUAAAAGACAUGGCCCCCUCCAACACAGCUUGUUGUGCCCGAUGUAACACUCCUCCCAAUCUGAAAGGGAGGUACAUUGGGGAGCUCGACCAGAAUUAUUUCACAUGUUAUGCUCCUGUGAUUGUGGAGCCCCCAGCAGACCUCAAUGUCACUGAAGGCAUGGCAGCUGAGCUAAAAUGCCGGGCCUCCACAUCCCUGACCUCCGUAUCUUGGAUCACUCCAAAUGGAACAGUUAUGACACACGGGGCAUACAAAGUGAGGAUAGCUGUGCUCAGCGAUGGCACGUUAAAUUUCACGAAUGUAACUGUGCAAGAUACAGGCAUGUACACAUGUAUGGUGAGCAAUUCUGUUGGAAAUACCACUGCUUCAGCCACCCUGAAUGUUACUGCAGCAACCACCACUCCUUUUACUUACUUUUCAACUGUCACAGUAGAGACUAUGGAACCUUCUCAGGAUGAGGCACGGACCACAGACAACAAUGUAGGUCCCACUCCAGCGAUUGACUGGGAAACCACCAAUGUGACCACCUCUCUCAUGCCACAGAGCACAAGGUCAACAGAAAAAGCAUUCACCAUCCCAGUGACUGAUCUGAACAGUGGGAUCCCAGGAAUUGAUGAGGUCAUGAAGACUACCAAAAUCAUCAUUGGCUGUUUUGUGGCCAUCACACUCAUGGCUGCAGUGAUGCUGGUCAUUUUCUACAAGAUGAGGAAGCAGCACCAUAGGCAAAACCAUCACGCCCCCACAAGGACUGUUGAAAUCAUUAAUGUGGAUGAUGAGAUUACAGGAGACACUCCCAUGGAAAGCCACCUGCCCAUGCCUGCUAUCGAGCAUGAGCACCUCAAUCACUAUAACUCUUACAAAUCUCCCUUCAACCACACAACAACAGUUAACACAAUAAAUUCAAUACACAGUUCAGUGCAUGAACCGUUAUUGAUCCGAAUGAACUCGAAAGACAAUGUACAAGAGACUCAGAUCUAAAACAUUUAUGGCUACAGAAAACAAACAAUUAAAAAAAAGGACAGUUUAUUAAUAAUGACACAAAUGACUGGGCUAAAUCUACUGUUUCAAAAAAAAGUGUCUUUACAAAAAAAAUACAAAAAAGAAAAGAAAUUUAUUUAUUAAAAAUUCUAUUGUGAUCUAAAGCAGACAAAACUAUGUGUAUUCCUCAGAACCUGUUUUUGCUGCACUUAUUUCCUAUUUUCGCAUAUCUUGUCCCUGCCUUCCCUGAUUGCCAUAUUUUUCAUAGAUCUCAAUUCCCUAAGGAACUGGUCUAGGAAAUUUUGUAAGAAUUCUGUUACACUUUGAGAUUUUUAUGGUGAAUUCUAGUGGUGAGAUCCAGUCUAUUUUUGUCUUUCUUUUUUUUUUUCCUCUUUUAUUUUCCCCCUCAUGCCCUCAUGAAGUAGUCCAAUGGGGAAUGCAAUAUUAGAAAUAGAUUUUUAAGAGAGAACGAGAAAAAUAAUGCAAGAUCUUAUAUUUUUCAUGUAAUGACCUGUUCUGUAUUUAUGAGGAGGACCAUCAGUGGAAAAGGAAAAAA